CAGCAAAGGUCGGCAGAAGGGGCAGACAUUUCGAUACAAGUAUUGGUAAUGGACGAGGAAGACUCUGUGUCGUUGUCAGAGGUCUGCGAAAUUUGUGUACGACAGUCUAAGUGGUUCAGGCUGCAGCCGGGGCGCGCACUUGCAGACCGUACGUGGUAACCCUAACAGCAGUCCAUCCGCGACGACGGCGAUUGCGAUUGAUCAAUGGCUCGCUCGCUAUAUUUCCAUGCCUCGUGGGCGCUCUUCGCAAUCCUCGCCCUCUUUGUAGUCGCCGUCCGUCGCUUCGGAGUCUCGCCAGCAAUCACCCGCCGCCUGUCGUCGCUCACACCGGCUCCAAUCCGCGACAGACUCGGACGUUAUGUCAGACUUCCAACAACUCCUAACGCUUCUUUUGCUGCGGACGUGGAAAGCGGCUUCCAAAGUGAGUUGUUCGAUGUUCAGGGGGCGAACGUGGAUAGCGGAGACACAAGAGCUGGCUUAGAUGAACGAGGAAAGCAGGAGAUCGGAGCAAUUAUGAGGGAACAGGAGAUUGACUUCGACAAAGCACGGUUGAUAUGGAUGCGAGAAAAGAUGAAGGCCAAUGGCAUCGAUGCAAGUGGACGCCCUACAGAUCCAAGGGCUGUUAUGUUUUCCUAAGGAGACCUAUGAAGAGGUGCUAGUUAUAGGACUGAAAACCACUCUAUCCUCAGUC